GGCAGCAUAGUCGCGGGUGGAUGUCAAAAGCAAAACAAAUUGCACGUGUGUGCUUUCACACUUUUGCAAUUUUCUCAUGCAAUAGCGCCCCAUUUGAGUGUAUUUCGUGUAAAAAUGUGAAUUAGUGAAGAUGUAGUGGUGUGGCGGGCAAAAUAAUGCGUGAGUGUGCGUGAGGGCAUUCGCGAAAUCGCAAUAAAAAAGCCAGAGCACUGCGAUUUGACAUUCAGUUGUGCUUGUGAGGUUAUGAAGGCAACACUGUCCGUGUUGCACAAAAUAAUUUUCUCUCAUUUCCCUUUGGAUUUCACCCAAUCCCCCCAAUAUUUCCCAUCCACUGGACCCCUCCAGUGGACCACGUGUCUGUGACUAAGUGUUGUGUGAGUGUUGUGCCCCGUGCGGAGUCCCAAAAGUGGUCAGGAGCAAUGGCCACGGAUUCACGAGAGGACGGAAAAUUCCUCAGCCGCAAGAUGAUGGUCAGAUGCGGUGGACACUGCAAUGAAAAUCACAACAGUGUCGUUCAACCAUUGCUCACGGAUCUCUACCAAAUAACAAUGGCAUAUGCUUACUGGAAGUCAGGAAAGACUGAAGAUCAGAGUGUUUUUGAUCUCUUCUUCCGUGCAAAUCCCUUCCAGGGUGAAUUUACGAUCUUUGCCGGACUCGAGGAGUGUCUGAAAUUCCUCGAGAACUUUCACUAUUCAGAUGGAGACAUUGAAUAUUUGAAACAAACCCUCCCUGAUGGAAUUGAAGAUGAAUUCUUUGAGUAUUUGAGCCAAUUGACGGCCAAAGAUGUGAUUCUUCAGGCUAUCGAGGAGGGUUCUGUGGUAUUUCCACGAGUGCCUCUCAUCAAAGUCGAAGGUCCCCUGAUUGUUGUUCAGCUGUUGGAGACAACACUUCUAACACUUGUCAACUAUGCAAGCUUGAUGGCUACAAAUGCAGCACGCUAUCGAAUGGUGGCUGGAAAGAAUAUCAAGUUGCUGGAGUUUGGCCUGAGGAGAGCCCAAGGACCCGACGGUGGACUCUCUGCAUCGAAAUACUCCUUUGUCGGUGGCUUCGAUGGAACAUCCAAUGUGUUGGCGGGAAAAUUAUUCAACAUUCCUGUUAAAGGGACUCAUGCUCAUGCCUACAUCACAUCUUUUACGGGAUUUAGUGAGUUGAAGACAAGAACUAUUCGUCACAAAGUUACAGGGAUUCCACAGGAUCUUUUGGAGCUGUCAAUCAAACAUAGAGAUGCUCUGUCCGAAGUCCUCGAUAUUUCUACUGAAGAGUCUAGCGAGGGUGAAUUGGCUGCAAUGGUGUCCUUUGCUAUUGCAUUCCCGGACGGAUUUAUGGCCCUUGUCGACACGUACGAUGUUAAGAGUGUGGAGAAUGGCGUGGAUUUACGGCAUCCGGUGAAUGGGGAGAUGAAUGGUCAUUCAGGAGGAACAUCCGAUAUCAACUCAAAUAUCACUUUGCCAAAUGUUGCCAUAGAAUGUAAUCAUAAGACUGAUGUGAGACCAAAGUUGACAUGCAAUGCAGAUGUAGAAUGUAAAUGUAGACAGCGUAGUGGGGGAUGGAGUUAUGGAGUUCUGGAGGAUCGAGGAUGUUCGAGAUGUUGCUCAUCCAUGAGAAAUAGUAGGAAGAUUCUUGUAGGACAUGUUGUUUUAGGCAGAAACAGAACAAAUCUGUUGACAAAUGUUGGGAAGUCAUUCAGGAGUGGCUUGCUCAAUUUCUGUGCCGUUGCCCUGGCUCUCAAUGAUCAAGGUUAUCGUGCAAUUGGGAUUCGCAUCGAUUCCGGCGAUCUGGCUUAUUUGUCCUGCUUAGCUCGUCAGACCUUUGAGCAAGUGUCAGCACGCUUUCGCAUUCCAUGGUUCAAUACUCUCACCAUUGUCGCAUCGAAUGACAUCAAUGAGGACACCAUUAUCAGUCUCAAUGAGCAGGGACACAAGAUCGAUUGCUUCGGGAUCGGAACUCAUUUGGUGACUUGUCAGAGGCAGCCUGCCUUGGGCUGUGUCUACAAAUUGGUGGAGAUCAACAACCAGGCGAGGAUUAAGCUGAGCCAGGAUGUGGAGAAGGUGACAAUGCCAGGGAGUAAGAAUGCAUUUAGGUUGUUUGGGGCUGAUGGGCAUGCGCUCAUCGAUCUCAUGCAGAAGGUGUCUGAGCCACCGCCGGAAGUUGGCCAGAAGGUGCUGUGUCGCCAUCCAUUCCAGGAGUCCAAGCGAGCAUAUGUGAUCCCAACGCGUGUUGAGUGCCUCUACAAGGUAUACUGGCGAGAUGGACGAAUCUGUCAGCCACUGCCGACUCUCGAUCAGGUCAGAGAUCGUGUGCAGGCUUCGCUGAAGACCGUGCGAACUGAUCACAAGAGAACCCUCAAUCCGACACCCUACAAAGUGGCCGUGAGUGAUCAUUUGUACAAUUUCAUUCAUGAUUUGUGGCUUCAGAAUGCACCAAUUGGGGAGCUAUCAUGAUAAAGGGGCACCCGAGGUGUAGCCACAGCUCAGAGAAAGCGGAAAUGGGAUGGCAAAAAAGGCAGAUUAUGCUUGCAAAAUUGUUGAUAUUUUAAAUAAUGGAGGAAAAGUCUUUCUUCUUCCCUUGAAAAACAAAAAAAAAUCAUUUUGUGUUUUUUGCAAAGAACCAACAUACCAAGAAAAAAAACAACCCAAGAAUUGUGCCUUUUUCUGUAAAACAGCCGGUGUGAGAGAGAAUGGUGAGAGAGAGAUUAGGUUUAGCUGUGCUGAUUCCUUCAAAAAGAAUCAACCCUCGAUGAUGAUUGGAAAAACAAAAUUGUUAAUUUUCUUUUGAAAAUUUUUAUUGAUCAUGUCCAGUGUUAAAAGCUGAAGAAGCUUAUCUAUAAAAAGAAAUAGUUCUUUAUGAAAGACACUUGUACCUCUUAUUGUAUUUUUUUUUUGGAUGUAAAAUUUUCUUUUUAGGAAAUCACAAGAAAAAAAACUAGGUUCUAGUUUGUAAAAUAAAAUUCUCCUCUGGCUUUUGUUCCAGCCACAAAAACCAAAAAAAUAAAAGAGCUUGAGUAGAAAGACACAUAAAUUUUAAGGGAGACCAGUGUAACUUUUGUCACGAUUUUAAGGGAAAUGUAGCCGAAAAAAUAGAAUAUUUCCAGGUGUAUUCAAUUUUUGGGGGUUUGAAAAAUGCAAAAUUGCUAAUUAAAUCGUCAAUUUUAGAAUGAUAAAAUCAUUUCGCCCGAAGUUUACCCUUAGUUGAAAAAAAAAGCAUGAAAAGGUUUUUCGAUGGCUCCGCUAAGUAAAUUUGCAAAAAUAGGUUGAAAAAUAAUAUCUCAAAGGUUGAAUACGCCUGUUAUGUAAAGAAUCAGCAAGAAUAGGUUCUUUUCUAGAUAUUUUCUUGUCCAAGUCCUAUAGCAUUCUUGCCUCUUUUUUCCACACCAAGCUCCCGCCCCCACAUUAAAUAGGAUUUUACGUGUAAUUUCGAGCCCAACAAUUUGCGAGCACAACAGUGGACUUAGUAGAAGAAUUGAAAAAAAAACCACUCUGUUUUUAGUCUUCUAGGUUCUAGAAAAAGCAGUCUAAAGGUGGAAUUUGUAAGAGAAAAAAAAAAGAAAUAAAUUAUUUUAGAAUGAUCUAGC